AUGGAUUCUACAGGAAAGAAGGAGCCUCAAGUGGUCGUCAAUAGGCCCAAGGUUUACGAGUCCGAGGACAAACUAGUCAUCGGAUUGGAUUUUGGAACAACCUUUAGUGGUAUUGCUUAUGCAUUUUCAAAUGAGAGAAAGCCAGAUCUAGUAUCCAUCAUGGACUGGCCAGGCCUCGAAGGAAACAAACAACCGAAAGUACCGACUGUCAUAUGCUAUGAUGAAGCAGACAAAACCAAGUUUACCUGGGGAGGAAUGAAGCACCCAAGGGAAGUAGUUCCAGGUAUCAAGCUAUUGCUAGAUCCAGAUCAGCCAGGACCACUGUACCUCCCAGAAUCGUCGGCGAAAAGCGACCUCAAAAGUUUAGGCAAACCUGCGGUGGACGUUGCUGCUGAUUUUAUCGGUGCAAUGUAUAAACAUGCCAUUUCCCGCAUUGAGUCCAAGGUACCAUCGGAUUACCUCGAGAUGUGUCAGAAGCAAUUUGUACUCUCAGUCCCAGCCGUAUGGUCUGAUAAAGCAAAGAACAAGACGCUACAGGCGGCAAAGCGAGCAGGCAUUCAUCCCAUUUCUCUCAUCAAGGAGCCCGAAGCCGCGGCAAUGUACACGCUGCACGGAUUGAAGGACAAGAUGCUAGCUGUAGGAGACGCGUUUGUCAUUUGUGAUGCUGGUGGCGGUACCGUCGAUUUAAUAUCAUACGAAAUCACAGCUCUCAGCCCCAAACUUGAGUUAAAAAAAUUAGUACCAGGAAAAGGGGGUAUGGUAGGAUCGUUAGGACUCAACAAACGGUUCGAGCAAUCCGUUAAAGAACUCGUAGGGGAAGAUCAAUAUUAUCAUCUGCAGAAAACAACGGGUUUUGCUCAGGCAACACCACAAUUUGACCGAUCAAUCAAGACAGCAUUUAGAGGAUCUGCUGAGGAGGAUUAUUUUGUCAAUUUCCCUAUGGCAAAAUUAAAGAAUGAUCCCGUAAACAACCUAGAAGCAAACUUUUGGAAUAUCAAAGGAGAUGAUGCAAAGAAGAUUUUUGACCCUUUGAUAAACGACAUCGAGAGGUUAGUAGAAGAACAGGUCAACCUAGUGACUGUCAAACGCAUGUCAGAAGGCCACCCGAAAGCAACUGAAGUCAAGGCAAUAUUCCUAGUCGGGGGAUUCGGCUCAAGCGAAUACUUGAAAGCUCGUCUCCAAGGAUUGCACAAAAACAUCCAAAUUAUUCAACCUCACGAUGCUUGGUCUGCCAUUGUUAAGGGUGCAGUUCUAAGUCAGCUUCCACAAGAAGCAAGUGUGGUUUCCACUCAAUCUUUACGGCACUACGGUGUCUCUGCCAUGUGCGAAUUCGACCCAAAGAAUGACGAAGACCAUUUAAGGGUGUUUUCAGCACCUGAAGGCAUAGACAGAGUUGAACGCAUGACUUGGUACAUCCACAAAGGCGAAGAUCUGCAACGCGAGCAGACAAUCCACUUUCCUUUCUUCCAUUCCCUCGCCGUCAACUAUACCCCCGAUGAUCUUAUCUUCUCAGACGAGCUUAUCCAGUCCGAAAGCAAGGAUCCUCCGUUAUACCCAGCCAAGGGAAGCACGAGCACCAACUGCGUCCUCGAAGCAUACUUGAAGACUGUGGACCCUAGUAAGUUCAAGAAGAAGACGGGCGCGGAUGGGAAGGAGUAUCACGAUGUGUUUUACGAACUCGCUGUUACCAUGAAACCAGCUACGAUGAGAUUUGCUUUGACUUUCAAGGGGGAGGAGAUGGGAAGUCUGGAGGCUAAUUACGACUGA